AUGAAAAACGACAAAACCGUCCCGGCAGCUCUACUCAGAAUGCACUUCCAUGACUGCUUCAUCAGGGGAUGUGAUGCCUCUGUGCUUUUGGACACCAAAGGGAAAAAUAAAGCAGAAAAAGAUGGGCCACCAAACAUUUCAUUGCAUGCAUUUUAUGUAAUUGACCAUGCAAAGAAGAAAGUUGAGAAUGAAUGCCCUGGUGUGGUCUCUUGUGCAGACAUUUUAGCCCUUGCUGCUAGAGAUGCUGUUGCCCUUUCUGGAGGUCCAACUUGGGCAGUGCCUAAAGGUAGGAAAGAUAGCAGAAUUUCAAAGGCAAAUGAGUCAACACAAUUACCAUUCCCCACAUUCAAUCUAUCUCAAUUGCAGCAGAGCUUCUCCAAGAGAGGCCUUUCCCUGGAAGAUUUAGUGGCACUAUCAGGGGGGCACACACUUGGUUUUUCCCAUUGUUCAUCAUACCAAAACAGAAUCCACAACUUCAAUAACUUAACCGACGUGGACCCGUCUAUGGAUCCUUCGUUUGCGGCAGGGUUAAGGAGCGUUUGCCCCGUGCAUAACAAGGUGAAAAAUGCUGGGGCGAAUCUUGACCCGUCCCCAACCGUAUUUGACAACAUGUACUACAAACGGCUUAUCGAUGGAAAGAGCAUUUUGACGUCGGACCAAGCCCUGUUGACCAGUGCCACAACUAAGGCACUUGUCGAGAGAUUCGCGAGCUCUCGAGAGAAAUUUUUCGAGGCAUUUGUCGAGUCGAUGGUGAAGAUGAGCAGCAUUGGUGGUGGUGGGACUGAGAUUAGAUUGAAUUGUAGAGUUGUUAAUUGA